AUGUUAAAUUUUGCACAAAUGACGAUAAAUAAACUAGCAGUUAGAGAUGAAUCACUUCAGUCUUGGAAGGCCUAUAAUUAUACACCUUCAAAGGCAGCGGCAGCAAUUUUUAUUGUGUUAUUUGGAUUGGCAACAAUUUUUCAAGUUUAUCAAAUUGUGAAAACAAUGGCUUCAAAAAAUUACACUAGAAAAGAGAAGCGNGUCUUAUGGAUUAUGCUUCCUUUUUUAUUCGGUGGGAUUUUUGAAUUUGUUGGAUACAUUGGAAGGGUCAUGUCAAGUUCCGACGUCACUUCCCUUGGGCCCUAUAUUAUCCAGUCGGUGCUCUUGUUAGUUGCACCUGCGUUGUAUGCCGCCACCCUAUACAUGUCCCUUGGAAGGCUAAUUUAUCGCUUGGAAUGUCAAAGAUACUCAAUAAUUCCAUUAAAGUUUUUAACGAAGAUCUUUGUUGUGGGUGAUGUAGUGUCAUUCUUUAUGCAGGCUGGUGGAGGAGGUAUUAUGGCCUCAGGUAAAACACUGUCAUCCAUGAAAACCGGAGAGAACGUAAUUAUUGGUGGUUUGAUAGUCCAGAUUGUUUUCUUUGGAAUGUUCAUAAUUGUUGAACUGAUCUUUCAUUAUAGAGUCCUUAAACACCCAAAUGAAUGUGCUAUGAUGACUAGAAAUGUUCCUUCGCAGUUCAAUAAUUGGAAUUCUAUUUUGCUUACUCUUUUAGCAUGCUCAAUACUUAUAUUCAUAAGAUCUAUAUUCAGAUUAAUUGAAUAUAUCCAAGGAAAUGAUGGGUAUCUUAUUUCGCAUGAAGCAUUUCUUUAUGGUUUUGAUGCAGCGCUCAUGUUCUUGAAUAUGGUGAUCUUUAUUUCGCAAGACAUUGGAAAAUAUUAUGUUGCAUUUAGGACAUUUAAAUCUGAUAGCACCGAAAAUAAUGAUUAUAGUCCCAACCCUACUAUUACUGAUAAAGAGUCAAUCGUCGGAGGAACGAGUUUUAAAUAA